AUGCCAGGACACAUACUGGCCUUAUGCAGGUGGGCUGUGAUGGGUGCCUGGAUUAUGGCAGGUAGUUGGAAUAUAUGGCUAGCCAGCUUUCAUGCUGGUAUUAGUGGGCCAGAUGGAUCACAGCCUCCAGGAUAUUUCCAGUGGUUUGGAAAGCACACUAGUGGGAUUCUAUUGGGCCAGUAUGACUUCCUGACAUUUCCAGUUAGCUGGGUCAGAUCCCAUGUUAUUGCCAGGGACUGGCAGGAGGCCAAGGCCAGUGACAGUUGGAUGGAUCACAAACUCCAGGCUAUUUACAGUGGUUCAGAAGGCAUUCCAGUGGGAUGGUAUUGGGCCAGUAUAUGUUCUGGCCAAAUCCAGUCAGCUGGGUUAAAUUCCCAGUUGAUGACCAUGACCUGGGACACCUACUGGCCACAAUAUAGUGGGCCAGCACAGGUCCAGGGCUGGUGGCAGUUGUUUGGCAUCAAUUCUGAACCAACUCCAGUUGGCCAGGAUGGAUGA